AUGAGCGGUCUCGCCGAUCCCCCGUCCAGAAGUCCGCUUAUCCUCACUGCUAUCGAUGCGCCCGGCAAAACCCGCAAGAUUCCUGUCCUUGCCUCCUCCGUUCCUCCCUCCAGCCAGUCCACCGGUGAUCCCAUGGAGGUUACUCCUCCUGCCUCGGGCGCUGCGCCCCCCAUCCAUAGCAGUCCCGAUAGCGAUCGGGCGGGCGCAAGCAACACCACCGCCACCUCCAAUGGCUCUACUGAACCUUCCAAUGUGAACCACCAUGCCGCUCCCACUCAAGCCAUCGGUGCGGCGGCGGCUGCUCAGCAGCCAAAGGUCGUUCAGACGGCCUUUAUUCACAAGCUCUACAAUAUGCUAGAGGAUCCCAGUAUUCAGCACCUCAUCUCGUGGUCGAGUACGAAUGACAGCUUCGUCAUGUCCCCGACUUCCGAAUUCUCCAAAGUCCUGGCUCAAUACUUCAAGCACACCAACAUCUCGUCCUUCGUCAGGCAGCUGAAUAUGUACGGAUUUCAUAAAGUGAGCGAUGUAUUCCACACCGGUUCGCCAGACUCCGCUCUGUGGGAGUUUAAACAUGGGAAUGGCAACUUCAAGCGCGGAGAUCUUGUGGGAUUGCGAGAGAUCAAGCGGCGCGCAUCCCGUCAUGCAUUGAUCCAUCGCGACUCAUUUCCUGGUCACAAGGCCGCCGCCUCCCAGCCCGGCACCCCCGCUGAGCCAGUUCCCGAUGUCACCGAGUCCCGUUUGAUGAAUCUAGAACACUCCAUGUAUGACUUGCAUGCUCGUCUAAGGAACGCCGAAGAAGGAAAUGCGACCCUUAAUGCAAGAUGUCAAUCCAUGGCCGAGAGCUUAACCAGGUGUUAUCACUGGACUCACUCAAUUUCACGUUUCCUCCAAGGCAUGAUCCCCGAUCGCGAGAGCCUUCUGUAUCGAGACGUGGCCUCCAUGCAGGCGGAAUUGGAGAAGCACCUUGAGGCUGUGCGGGCCCUGGAGCAUCCUCCGGACCCAUAUUUGGCUGUCCGACAACCCUACGUCACCGGCAUUUCUGGCGAUGCAGGUCCGCCGCUGUCGCCGCGCCAAAUGCCCCCGGAAGAGAGUCGCCGCCCAUCGAUGCUGGACCCCUCGAGGGCCGGUAUGAUUCGGCCCCCUGUCCCCCCUCAUCUGGCCGUCUCUCCGCGGCGGUACGGGUCAAUUGGCGCUGGAAAUUCUUCCCCCAGCUACAACCGUCCGCAAGUGCCAGCGGUCGUCACUCCGCAGCAACCCAUGCCUCAUCCUCUUUCGUCCGUAUCCUCUCCGCCUGGGCCUAAUCUUGCGCGCCGACACACUUCGGCGGACAUCAGACAGCAUGGUUGGCCGCCACCGGGAGUGUCGCCAUUCCCUUCCGCACACCCCCCGCAGCCAACGAACCCCUGGUCUCCCUCUCGACACCGGACUCCGACGUCAAGUGAGCAAUCGGUCCGAGAUGUGUUAGCCCAGUAUGAAAUGGGUGCACCGCGGCGUCUGCAGGAACAUCGACACCCAACUCCCCCUUUGCACCCCGAUCAGAAUCCCCCAACCGAUAACGGCUGGUCUUUAGGACCUAGAUUCCCUCGACACGAAUCAUCCUUGCCAGCAACUCGACGUUCCAGCAUGGCCAGCAAUGUUCAUUCGCUUCUGAACCCGGCUGAUACCGCUGAACGGCCGGACGAAGACCAGCAUGCUAUGGCCGACGAUCGGAAACGGAAGCGAUUGGAAUAA